AUGUAUACAUGGCGGAAAAUCAAACCGCUGGACCAUAACUUUUUUACUGUGUCAGUUAAUUAAGAAAUAAUUUAAAAACCUGGUUUCAGUCAUGUUAUAUUGUAUACUUGAAGGAUCGCAUUUAUUAUAAGACCACGUUACUCAUUAUGAUGGACUCCACUACAGGGGAAGAUCCAACUCUUCCCAUUAAUUUUGACGAAAGUACCAACAUGUCAAGAUUACCAGAUGUAACAGCAGGUCCUGACAUCAACAUGUCAAACUUUGGUGAACAUUUCCCAGAAUCCAACGGUGUUCCAGCCCUCCAAAAGAUAGGUAGUGGUCGCUUAUCACCUGUUAGAACACACACCAUGAAGGACUAUGAACAGCAAAUUUCAGAGCUAAAGAAAGAGAAUUUCAGUCUUAAACUUAGGAUCUAUUUCAUGGAAGAACGACUUCAACAAAAUUUUAAUGAUGAUGCAAAAACAAAUAUUGAAUUGAGAGUUGAAGUAGAGAGUUUGAAAAAUGAUUUAAGAGAGAAACAACAGCUAUUAAUAAAAGCCUCAAAUGCUGUUGAAAGCUUAGCACAUGAAAAGGAUUCUAUUGUCGAAAAGCUCACAAAAGAGAAGAACCAAAAAGCCCAGAUGAAUGGUAAUCAAUUGCAAGAAGAAUUGAGAAAAGUGAAGGAUGAAGCUGGAGCUUUGAAAUCAGCCAAUGAACAACUCCAGGAGAAGCUGGAGGAAGCUGAAUUGCUGCAGCAAAGGUUGUCAGGCAACCUCCAAGAUAAGAGCCUUCAAACACAAGCUGCUUUGGAUAAUAAUAAAGAAUCAUUAGCUGAAAAAGACAGAAUAAUCAACCAGUUAAACCAGGCAUUGAAAAGCAAAGAUGAUGUCAUUGACCAAAUGGACAAAGAGAAAGCAAAGGCACACGCAGAACUGAAACCGAAAGAAGAUGAACUAAGAGAGUUACGGCAACAAUGCGUUGAAAGAGAGGAAGAAAUUCAGGCCCUAAAGGAUGAUAUGGAAAGGGAGAAAUCUGACAAAGAUGUCACAAAAAUCCAUUACAAGGAACUGUACCUUGAACAAGAGAAGCGUCUUAUGGACUUAGAAGCAGCUACAGAGUCUAUGCAAGAUAAAUUGAAGGAUAAGGACAAAGCCAUCAAGGAUAUGCAGAAUAAAUUGAAGAAAGCUCAGCAAGAAGUCAAGGAUGGAAUGAAUAAGCUGAGGGAGAAUGAACGUCAGCUUCAACAGCAGGAGAGCAAUGUUAACAAACGAGACCGUGCGAUCCAAGGCUUGACUGAAGCUGUUCAAAACAAGGAUGAAGAGAUUAAACACCUCUGUGAUCAAAUUGAAGAUCAAGAAGAUGCCUUAGCAAAAGCAAGAGAAAAAUUACACAAAGCAGAGAGAAGUAAACAUGAGGGUUUGGAAAACAAUCAAAGUACCAUCUCAGAUCUAGAAACCAAGGUAGCUGAAAUGCGUGGCAGUCUACGAGCGAAGGAUCUUGAAAACGACAGACUGCAGAAAGCCUUGGUCAGGCGACAAGAGGAAAUCGCUAGUCUGCGAGAAGAACAAGGAAGUGGAGAUUCACAGAUGGAGAAACUGCUAGCCAAUAAAGACAAAGCAAUCCAGGAUUUGAAAGACCAACUUCAAGAUGCCAGAGACCAAAUGUCUGGAAGGGUUGGUUCAAUGGAACAGCACUACCAAGACCUGCUGGAUGAUGCCCAACAACAGAUCCAGAAUAAAGAGCGUGCCAACCAGAGACUGACAGAUGCUCUGCAGAAGAAAGACCAGGUUAUCAAGGAGUAUGUGGACUUUGCCAAGUCUGCAAAGACAUCCCCUGCAGAUGCAAAGGAAAGCAAAGAUAAAACUGUGGAUAGGUUGAAGGAAAUCUUACAACAAAGAGACAAAGAAUUAGAGGAUGCAUUGGAGGAAAAGUUCAUAGCAUUACAAGCUAAAGAAGAUGAGAUUCGCCAAAUAAGGCAAGCACUGAGGGAGCGAGAUAAAGAGAUGGAACGGUUAAAUAAUGACCUUCUCCAUGAUAAUGAUAGAAUUAACGGGCUGGAAAGUGAGUUGAAAGAGAAGGAAGCUAAGAGUCGACAACUUGCUAACUCAUUGAAAGCAAAGAAUGAUUCUAUGAAUAAUGCUGAAGAAGGCCACCAGCGAGCGAUAUCCGAAAAAGACAGCAUCAUACGUAAACUACAACAUGCUCUAGCUGAUAAAGACAGACUAUCAGAAGAAAUAAGCAGUUUAGGGAGCGGAUCUCCAAGAGAAGAAGAAAGCAAUGCCAUCAUAAGACAGCUAAGUCAGAGGCUUAGAAAUAAAGACAAGAUGAUGGAGGAAAUGAUGUCUGAAAGAGCAGAAGCUGCUGAAGCAAAUGAUAAAGCAACCCAAGACCUGCUGGCCAGCCUACAGGACAAAGACAAGCAAGUCAAGGCACUGCAUGACCGCCACAAUAAACUAAUUGCGGAUAAAAAUGAAAUUAUCAAAGCUUUGCAGCGGGAAAUUGCUAAUAAAGAUAUGGAUAUCCAGUCUGUUGAAGAUACCUUGACACGGUCCCAGCAAGAUCAGAGCAUUUUACUUGGCAAGAUGCGUGCUGCUAUGGCGGAGAAGGAUAAAACCAUUGAAAAACUGGUAAAGAGUGGUCAAGAGAAAGACAGGCUCUUCCAAGAUAUGCAAAGGUCUACACCUCCCCCUGUUAUGGGUCCAGACUUGAAUGCAAUGAAGAAUGAGAUUGGUCGACUGAGACGCGAGAUCAAGGCAAGAGAUGCUGCCUUGAAUGAGCUAAGAGCCAACUCUGUUAGUAAAGAUCACUUGCAGGCCUUAGAGAAUGACCUGGAUACCAAGAAUGACUUGCUACUCAAGGCAAGAGAAACAAUUAAUGCUCUUCAGCAGAACCAAAAGGAUGACAGGCAAGCUAAACUAGAAACUGCUAAAUUACGUCGUAAAGUUAUUGAGCUUGAAAGUGAGCUUGAAGCAAAGCAAGACAAUAUUGACGCCCUGGUGCAUGCUGGGAAGGUCAAGGACAACAUUAUUCAGGAGCUCCGUCUUCAACAACCUAAGCAUAUGACUUCCUCACAUGAUACUAUUGUCGUAGGAAGUGAGCCAAACGAUCAGCUUUACCAAGCAUUAGCAGCCCAGGUACGAGAGAUGGAGAAUUUGAAUAAAGCAUUGCAGGCUGAGAGGCAGUUAUAUGUGAAUAUUACACACAACGGCGAUUCCAAGAACACAACACAUAAUGAUGCAUUUGAGUUUGAAUUAGCUGCUGUGCAGUCACUCAGAAAACAACUUGAGCAGGCGCUCAAGCGGAACAACCGAAUGCGAGAGAACUUAGAGAGGCAAAUUAGCUCACAGACUUUAAGUGAUUUGGAAAGUGAAAGUACUAAUAAUGAUAAUGAAGUGCAGGCACUGAGAGAUAGAUUGGAAGAAAGUCAGCGAUGGAAUGCAGAUCUUCAGUCUCGUGUAAAUGAACUGCAGCAGAGGGGAGGUGGUGUUGGCAGUGAUGCUGACUCUGAAGUUGUCAGAGUCAGUAAUGCACAACCUCAACCUUUCUCAAGACCUCCACCAGAUGAGGAAAUCAUUAGUGCCCAUAAUGUCGAUGUUAUGUCACCAAAAGAACUGAAAGAUGAGGUGAUGAGACUCCAGUUGCAGCUUCUAGAGGCAAACAGGAGAAGUUUGGAUGAUGAUCUUAGGAGUAUACCAGGACAAGAAGAAACAUUGCCAGGGACAGCUCAACAAGCUAAGAAAGAAAUCGAGGAACUUAAAGAGAAGAACAGAGAAUUAGAGCAACAGGUCAAGGUUUUAGAACAACAGCUUGCUUCUACUCCCGGUAGAGGUGAUGGUGUAGAUGAAACAGAAAGUCAUGUGAUUCCAGUUCUUAAGCAACAGCUUGACCAAGCUAAAUCACUUUUGCAAGACAAAGACACACUCUUACAAGAAAAGGAGCAGCAGAACCAAGCUCUGCGACAUCACCUUGGAAUUGGGCCAGAAUCUCCUAUACAACCAGGAAGAAAUGUCAUGGCAACUCUUCAGAGAGAAAAUGCGCAGUUGGCAUCACAGCUUCAUAAGGCUCAACACCAGAAAAAGGAUCUCCAAGAUGAAAUGGAAGGGCUAGAAUCACAGCUCAGGGAAGCAGAAAAAAUUAGCAGUGCAAUGCAGAAGCAACUAAAAACCACCACUGAAAAUAUGGAAUCCGCAAGCCUUGUGCCAAUUUUGAAGCAACAACUGGGUCAAGCCAAAGAAGUUAUUCAGGAAAGAGAAAGCCAGAAUAAAGCCCUUCAGCAGGCUUUGAAAAAGAGAUCUCAAGAUAAGAACCGAUUAGGACAAAUGGAAGCUGAAAAUGAUCAGUUAAAGGCACAGCUUGUUAGUUAUAACAAUGAACUACAAAAAAUGAAAUCACAGUUUCAGGCAUUGGAGAAAGAAUUGGAAGAAGUUGAAAAUUCUAGGCCCCCACCUAGUGCUCAUGCUGAAAUAGAAAGGUUGCAGAAACAAUUGAGAAAUGCUGAGAAUCUUAAUGAACUUCUGAAGAGACAUAUUGAUCUUAAUAGUUUGAGUGAAGGAGAUCAACCAAGCUUUAAUCCAGAGCUCAUUGUUGAAAUGGCAAAAGAAAUUGAAAGACUCAAAGACACUUUAGAUGAAGCUCAGCAAGAAUUAUCAACAGAUUCACCACUAAAGACUCGAGUUGGCAAAAGAGUAAAAACCUUGGAUGACACGGCUUAUGGAGCUCUCACUAAGCAGUUGGAGCAAGCUCACAAUGAUCUGCAUGACUUGAAAAAACGGUACAAACAACUGAACUCAAAAUUACAAGCCACAGAGGGUACUGUCAGACAGCAAUCAGACCGCAUCAAACGUUACCGUACUGAAAUGCAAAAUGCUGGUCUCCAACCACCAAGAACACCUAAGAGAUAUCAUAGUGACUCCAACUUAUUGAGAGCACACUUUGACCAAAUGGGUCAUAAAUUAUCCAGUGCCAGUUUGUUAUCGCCAGAUGAUCGAUCUGGUUCUGCCAGCCCAUCUCCUGAAUAUAGUCUCAUGGCUGAUAUUCCUUUAAGUGAGUUUGGUCAGACUAAUGAUAUUGGGGAACUCAAAAGUCAAGUUGACACACUUAAGCUUCAUCUGCAGCGUAGUCGCAGAGCUCUUCGUAGUCUGCAGAACAGGUUGCGCAGUCGUAGCAAUACAUCAAGCCCAACACGUUCUACAAGUCCAAGUAGGACAGACAGCAUCGGUGAUGGUAGUGGUACAUGGUUUGAACUUGUUGCGAAUCAGCAAGCCUUUGAAAAACUUCAGCAAGAGGUUGAAAAUCUAAGAGAACAGGUUGAGGAGGCAAACAAUGUUAACAUGACAUUACAAGAACACAAUAAUGAUCUGAUGGAGAAGGUUCGUUCCAACAUUCCAGUGCCUCCUGGUCUUCUAGCUCACAAUGAACAACUAAUCAAAGAAAAUGAGGCCGAGAUUGCAUUGCUUAAGCAGCAGUUAGAAGAUUCACGACAACUCUGUGCCACCCUUCGUGAAAUGAUUGAUGAUACUUUGUCUGCUAUGGAAGAGAUUUCUAGGAGGAUGGAGGAUGAGAAGGAGAAUUCUCCUAGUGAGGUUGAGAAGACACGACAGAAGAUGAAGAAGAGCAAAAUUGUAGCAGAAGAUUUACAGAAAGUUUUAGAAGAACAUAAAAAAAGGUCAGGAGAUUCAUCAGGACAGAUGGCAAGUGACAUUCUGGAAAACAGGAGGAAGGAUGGUGAGAUACGUCAAUUGAAAAUGGAAAUCAAACAGAGGAAAGAAAUCAAUAAAAAAUUAAGAGACAUAUUGGGAGAGAAUAAAAAAUCAGCAGAAGAGACUAGACAUGAACUUGAAAGACUUGCAAAAGAAGUCCAGGAGAAGAAUGAGACUCUCACAAACCUACGCCGUCAAGUACGCCAUCUACAAGCCAUGGGUAGCUUCUCUCCAAACAGUCACAUGAUCUCUGAGACAGAGGAUACAUCAUCUAUGCAAUUCCAGACAACAGCUAACACAGACUCCAUGCUUCCUGAAGAGGAUGCAGAUGCUACUGACACAGAGUCAGAACUUCCUUUUGACAGUAGCCGCCAGCAAGUUGUUGGAAUAGCAGCUGCAAAGGAACGUGUAUCCAGUGGAGGAGAAAGCCAGGACACUGUCAGGGACCGAUUUGAACAAUUUAGUGACCCAAUUGAUCAGAGUCAGAGGUACAACCUUCCAAAAGUGACCCCUGCAUCGAGAUUGAAAAGGGGCCAGACUAUUGGUAGAACGAAAACUGGGGAUGAUGAAAGUUCGGAAGCUGCAGUCCAGACACGAGUUACUUGGGCCAAUAAGGAUCCUACUGCUCGUUCUACACAGACUUUUCAACAAUCAAACGUACAACCAGAGUUGGUGCGUAUUCAAGCAAAACUACGCCAGAGUGAAAAACAAGUGGAAUCUCUUAAGUCAGAACUGGAUCUGUAUAAACAUCUACUUGCGGAUUCUCCAAAGGUCUCUGGCAGCAGUGAUAGUGCAAUCCUUAAAGAACAUCUUGAAGAAAUCAGAGCUUUGCGUAAGCGUCUUGAGGAGUCGAUUAAUGUGAAUGACAGGUUGCAAGAACAACUUGAAGCUAAGCUGGCAGAGUUGAGCAAUGGGGGAGGAGACACCAGUGUAAUCAUUUAUCAAAGCAACUUGGAGCUGACUGAAGAGAACAAGUUACUCAAAGAACGUUUACAUGAGAAAGACUUAAAAUUCCAGGAACUUGUUGAAGAACUCAAAAAGAACAAGAGACAUUUACAAAAGUUAAAAGCACAGAAUCAGCAACUGUCUGAACAACUUCAGGAGAAUGUUGACCUUGUGGGCUCUCUCAAAUUUGAACUGAAUGUCCUCGAACAACUACAGCAGAGAGAUGCCAAGAGCUCAUCUACCAGUCCCGGUUAUAUCCACAUCAAAGAUGCCUCUGGUCUGGAUCUUUCGGAGCUACUUCACGAAAUCCGCCGUUUGCGUGUCCAAUUAGAGCGUAGCAUCGAGACAAAUAAUGCCCUGAGGCAGAAGCUGGAGGAACUGAUGAGUGACAAGUGGUCACCAAACAGUAAAACAUCCACCACGACAAUAACAAUCAACAGUAAGGAUAAAAAACGGAGGGAGGAAUUGCAUUUAGAGGAUCUGUAUAGGGACAGUCGACAGAAUGUGUCAAGGCAAUUAUUUAACGGAGAAAGGGAAAGUACUAAGACUGGAUCUCCAGUAAAAUCCAGGGAUACACUCAGGGACACCAACCCAUCAUUUGUUCAUCAAUCCAGUUCAACUUCCAAACGAACACAGUACAGAUCAACAGAUGACCUUAUGGAUCAGAGGUCAAGUCCACGUCAGCGUGAUGCAGGAGUUGGCAGCUCACAACCAAGAUCAUUUCACAUGCAAACGUUUGACGCAGACAUUCCAUAUGAUUCAACGUUAUACAGUUCAGAUGAAUUGGCUCCCGGUCAAGGGAGAAACUUGGAAAAGAUGUAUGCCAUUGGUACUUUGCCAACUUACGAGUCCUUAAGAGCAUUUUUAAAUGAAUCAUGUGGUGCAUUGAAUGCCCUUGAGGUUCACUUAAAGGAAAAGAUGGCUAAGGGCGGAAUGGGAAAACAGCCCUCUGUAUCAGGAUGGUCACAUAGUACACAGGCUCUCCGCAGACAUCUGGAAGAAUGUGCCCAUUACCUGUCUUUAUUCUGGACUGCGAGUAUACCACCAAAAGAUGAGCUUAGCAGGUUGCGUAGGAGACUAGCUUACCAAGAUAAAGUGAUGAAGUCGACAUUGAAGUCAUUAGAAUCCACAAAUCGAAUGAAGGAAGGAAUGGAAGCUGCCAUCUACAACCAACUGACCAAGACACAUGAUGUUCUGAAACAGGCUCGUGGUAACCUAGAGACAAGGACAUUUGAGGCUGAUGCUAAUGGUAUUAUGUGUUCUCACAGUAGCAACCAUUGAAUUACAAAGACACUAUAAACAAAAUAAACCUGGAAAGAGGAAUUUACUAUGACUGAGGAAAGUUUUAUGAAUGCAGAAUUGAACAAGAAAGAGGAAUGAACAAAUAAAAUGGACUACAAAUACCUUGAGAAUCCCACCAACGAAAAAUGUAGAUAAAGCUAUGAAUCAAUGCCCUUUAAUUACUGCUGAUCCCUGUUAUGAUCAAGUGGAGAAUGUAAAGUUUUUAGAUUUUUUUGGCAAAGUGGUGAAUGUAUUUUAAAUAAUCAUUAUUUUUAAUUGUGGAUUAUAUAUUAAUGCACGCUGUUUAACUAUUUGACUACAAUUACCAACAUCUUGCAUUUUCACUGCUGUUUACUUAAUGAAUGAAUCUCUAAAUGAAUUACUUGAUUGUUCAAAACCUGUGGCAGAGCCGAGGAUUAGUGAAUUUAGCCCUCUCUACUCCAUCAACAGUAAAAAAAAAAAAAAAAUUCACAUUUUUGCCACUAUGCCAAAAAUAUGGAAUAUUUGUAAAAAUGUAAAAAUAAUGUCAAUAGCAAAUGGUGCAAAAAUUACAUAUAAUGCUGAAUUUAAAACUCGAUGGGCUUGCAAAUGUUUUAAAAUGAAUGUCCUGUAAUUAUAAAUUUUAAUGAUAAUGUUCCUUCAAAAAAUUAUGCCCACCAUCACAAGACAUAUUAUUUUUAAUAUUGUUAUUGAUAUUAUUAUUGUCUUUAUUUAUAUUAUAAUUCUUUUUGUUAAUAUGUAUGUGUAUGUUAGACAUGUUCAAUGAACUGAAUGCUUGAGAAUAAAAGCUAGGGUGGGUGUUGUACCUAUAACCUCCAGAAUUACUAGUCUGGUAUCAGGCCGCUUGAUAAACUACUCUAGAUUACAGUACAGUACUCUUAGUAUUUAUUUUGUUUAAUUAUUAUAAUAAACACCUGUAAAUAUAUUAGUCGCCUCUUUGCCUUUCCUUGAUCAUGCUGUUGCAUUCCAAAUUGUGAUUAUCUCAAAAUUAUUUCCUAGUUUUCACUGUUUGUGGCCAACUUUAAGGAUUAUAACCAAGCAAUUGCUCUAUUUGUUCAGAUUGGAAAGUAAUAGUCAAGGUUUAACAAUUACUUGUGCAAUGCAACACUAAAAGUCUACUGUUCAUUGACAAAAUUAAACAACAAAAUGAGACAAUAAUGACGAAAUAAGGUUUUCUGCAAAAUUCAUAACCCAACUAAAAGUAUUGAACUUUGUGUUGUGGGAAGGUUUCUGUCAAAUUGAAAUACUGUACAAUUUUUAUGUUUGUGAUGCAAAGUUUUAUAAAAAUGGUAGCUAAUUUUUCUUUGCUAUUUUAUUGGUAUAAUUUUAGCCUUAAGUAUUGCUUGGUAUUAGUAAUAUAUAAUUUAAUACAUUUAGCACCAUGCUGUAAGAUUUUGAUGAUUACAUUGAUAUUUUAUACGGUGGCAGCACUAGCGGGGCAGGGGGGCUUCCCAUCGGACAUGUCAAGUCCCCUCACCGGCCGAGCUUGUGGGGCCCAAAAAAAAAAAUUGUAAAAUAACUCUACACCAAGCCAAAACAUGUCUUUCAGACGUACAGUGCCAUUUCCAGCCAUCCAGAGGUCCCUAUUUAAAAAAAAAUCUCAUUUGGAAGGGGGACACCACCUCCCAAACCCUCCCCCUCCUCAGGCAUACAAGCUCAAGCUUCCCUGUCGGACAGCUUAGCCCUCAGAAAAUGCACCCUAGAGCCAUCACUUAUAUCCUUGAAUCAUUAGUUAUUUUCAUAUUUUGUUAUAUUAAUAUUUAGAGUAUGAAUAUAACAAUCUGAAAUAUAUGCAUGUAUGCCAUAGUCCAGUUCUGUGUAUGUGGAAUAUGCUAUCUUGUUUUUUUAGUUUUACACAAUCUUCAUUUUUUUUUUAUCAAGACUUUAUCUUAAUUUAUAACUUAAUUGUAUAUUUGCUGCUAUCAUUGUUUUUUUACUUAAACUAUUCACUUGGUUUAUUAAUUUUAAGACCGUUAACAUUUUGUUUUAUAGGUGUUGGAAUUUUUAGUUAUACAAUUUAGCAAGUACAGUACAUAGCUCCCAAUAAAAUGAUUUGGUAUACCAGGAGAAUCCACAUCUAGAUCCCAAAACUCCCAAUCUUUAAAAUAUGUUUUUCAUAUAUAUGACUUCUCUUGAAAAUUACACUAAAACAUUUAAUUUUUGAGAUUUAUAAAACUGUAUUCUUGAUUCUUGGAUUCUCCCGGCCAUACCAUGUGGUUUGGGUAUGCAGAUGAUUGAUUUUAUAGUGCAAAUAGUGGUGUAAUAGAAUUUCGUCUUAGGUGGAAUAUUGAAGUCUAAGUCACUUUAGUCAACAAAAUAAUAAAUCUGUAUAUUUUUGCAAUUCAAGUGAUUUUUUAGCAAUGAAGUAAAGAAAGAUGCUUACAAAA